UAUAUCACAUUCACACUGUCUUCUAAACAACGCCAAAGACUUUGACACACUGACUCUCUCUCUCUCUCUCUCUCUCUCUCUCUCUCUCUCUCAGCCCUUAAGAGAUGUUUGACCCAUGAUGGUAACAACCCGACCUUGAUGAGCUUCUUGUCUUCUGAUAUAAAAGCAGAAGCUUCCUUCUGGGCUCACCUUUCCUCUUCGUUUGUUUCUCUCCUGACCAGAUUCUUCGAAAAUUCAAGCUCAGGGAGCUCGAUCUGAGCUUGAUUCGGGUUCUGAAGCUUCUAUCUAAUUCCUUUGUCUAUGUAUCUGUUCUUCUGAGAUGGAGCAAGCCGUUGAACGGUCUCCAAAUGCACGAAGGGGCUUCCGUGUUCAGGCUCCACUUGUUGAUUCUGUAUCAUGCUAUUGCAAGGUAGAUUCAGGGUUGAAAACGGUUGCUGGGGCAAGGAAAUUUGUCCCAGGAUCAAAGCUUUGCAUCCAGCCUGAUAUUAAUCCGAAUGCACACAAAAGCAAAAGCUCUCGCAGGGAGAGGUCUAGAGUUCAGCCACCUCUCCUUCCUGGCCUCCCUGAUGAUCUCGCCAUUGCCUGUCUGAUUCGAGUCCCACGUGUUGAGCAUAGAAAGCUCCGCCUUGUUUGCAAGAGAUGGUACCGACUUCUGGCAGGGAACUUCUUUUAUUCUCUUAGGAAAAGUCUUGGAAUGGCAGAAGAGUGGGUAUAUGUCAUAAAAAGAGACCGUGAUGGAAGGAUCUCAUGGCAUGCUUUUGAUCCCAUAUACCAGCUUUGGCAGCCACUUCCACCUGUUCCUGGCGAAUAUUCUGAAGCCCUAGGAUUUGGCUGUGCUGUUCUAAGCGGUUGCCAUUUAUACUUAUUUGGUGGAAAAGAUCCACUUAAGGGAUCUAUGAGACGGGUUAUUUUUUAUAGUGCUCGGACAAACAAGUGGCAUAGGGCCCCUGAUAUGCUUCGGAAACGCCAUUUCUUUGGUUCUUGUGUCAUGAACAACUGUCUUUAUGUGGCUGGUGGGGAAUGCGAAGGAAUCCAGAGGACUCUCCGCUCAGCUGAAGUUUAUGAUCCCAACCGGAACCGGUGGAGCUUUGUUGCGGAUAUGAGCACGGCUAUGGUACCCUUUAUUGGAGUAGUUUAUAAUGGGAAGUGGUUCUUGAAGGGACUAGGUUCCCAUCGCGAGGUAAUGAGUGAAGCCUAUAUUCCCGAAAAUAAUACCUGGACCACAGUUAGUGACGGGAUGGUUGCCGGUUGGCGCAACCCUAGCAUUUCAAUGAAUGGACAGCUUUAUGCCCUGGAUUGCCGGGAUGGGUGCAAACUUAGGGUUUAUGAUGGGCCUACAGAUUCAUGGAACAAAUUUAUAGAUAGCAAGCUUCACCUAGGGAGCUCCCGUGCACUGGAGGCUGCCGCUCUUGUUCCUCUUAAUGGGAAGCUUUGCAUUAUUCGGAACAACAUGAGCAUCAGCCUGGUUGAUGUUUCGAGUCCUAACAAGCACGUGGAGAGUAAUCCUCAGCUUUGGGAAAACAUUGCUGGGAAAGGGCACUUUAGGACUCUAGUCACAAAUUUGUGGUCAAGUAUUGCUGGCCGAAGUGGUUUGAGGAGUCAUAUUGUGCACUGUCAGGUGCUUCAAGCAUGAGAACUGGGAUUCAUGUUUGCUUAUAUUUCUGUUUUACAUCACAUUCCAGAUGUUUACAUUAGCUGCACUUCAUUGAUAUUGGGUUUCGGAGUUGAAUCAGCAGUGAUGUCCCAAAAGAUUUUGGCUUAUAUGAGCCGCGGAGAAGGAAAAAUGGCAAAACAACAUUGUGGGUGUUUCUCAUUGAAAUCAUUCUGUAAGCAAAUCAAUCCAAGGUUUCUUCGAGUUUGAAAAAUAGUGAAUGCCUAUUUUUUUUUUUUUUUUUUCAGCUAGGAGACUUAGAAGAGGGAUGGUUCACUGUUGGUUUCUGCCAUGGAAUUAUGAGGCCAUUUCUCGACAUUCAUGAACAGAUCAGAGACGAUUCACAACUCUGUAAAUCUAUUGUCACUUUUGGUCCAUUCUAUGGGGGGCUGUGGGUGUCUAUUGUUGGGUCUUUUCUUAGUAGUAUGUUAUUUUGGACAUGCCUUGUGAAUAUACAUGGGUUAUUUUGAAGAUA